CUGCCCCCCGCCCCUCUCCCCUGCCUGCCAGCUGCCAACAGGGCUCUGCCCUGUGUCUACCACACCUGUCACUGCCUAUCCUUGUCCCAAGGGGGCCCCAUCAGCCCCUCCUCAGCUGCCCAGCAGAGCAAGCGGUUAGUGGGAAGGGGAGGGAACAUGGAGCAGGGGCCGGUGGUGGGGGCAGGGUGGGGUGCCGGAGCCGGAAUCCAGGUACUGCUGGGCUGCCUGGUCAAGGUGCUGCUUUGGGUGGCCUCUGCCUUGCUAUAUUUUGGAAGUGAACAGGCUGCCCACCUCUUGGGCAGCCCUUGCUUACGGCGCCUCUACCACGCCUGGUUGGCAGCAGUGGUCAUCUUUGGGCCCCUUCUGCAGUUCCAUGUCAACCCUCGGACUAUCUUCGCCAGCCACGGCAACUUCUUCAACAUAAAGUUUGUGAAUUCGGCAUGGGGCUGGACAUGCACCUUCCUGGGGGGCUUCGUGUUGCUGGUGGUGUUCUUGGCUACACGGCGUGUGGCAGUGACUGCCCGGCACCUGAGCCGGCUAGUAGUAGGGGCAGCAGUGUGGCGGGGAGCCGGCCGCGCCUUCCUGCUCAUUGAGGACCUGACUGGCUCCUGCUUCGAGCCUCUGCCCCAAGGCCUGCUGCUCCACGAGCUGCCCGACCGCCGCAGCUGCCUAGCGGCCGGCCACCAAUGGCGGGGCUACACGGUCUCCUCCCACACCUUCCUGCUCACCUUCUGCUGCCUGCUCAUGGCUGAGGAAGCGGCAGUGUUCGCCAAGUACCUGGCCCAUGGGCUGCCUGCUGGUGCACCGCUGCGCCUUGUCUUCCUGCUCAAUGUGCUGCUGCUGGGCCUCUGGAACUUCUUGCUGCUCUGUACAGUUAUCUAUUUCCACCAGUAUACUCACAAGGUGGUGGGCGCUGCAGUAGGCACCUUUGCUUGGUACCUCACCUAUGGCAGCUGGUAUCAUCAGCCCUGGUCUCCAGGGAGCCCGGGCCAUGGGCUCUUCCCUCACCCCCAUGCCAGCUGCAAGCAUAACUGAGAGAAAUAAAGGCACACCGGGCCUUGC